AGUUGAGGGAUUAAUAGAAGCCAAAGAAUUGUUGGUACAGGAAGUAGAAAUGUGCAGGAUCAUACAUACCCCAGACAUCCUGCCACAAGGUGUCAAUAUUUCUGUUAAUAAUAAUAUGUUAAAUAAAAAGGGAACACCAGUGCUCUCCGUGUGUGUGUGAUGGGGGGAAUUUAACUUCUGCAUUAAAAAAUUAAUAUGAUGAGGGGCAUCUGAGAGCUGAUAUCUUUCUUAAAUCAUUGCUGUGAGUUCACUCAAGUGGAUCUGUCUGCAAAUUUCUAUUUUAUGUGACAUGUCCACGUAGCAAGCACCAAAGGAGAAAGCGAACAGUACAAAAGCCCUAGAGGCUUUUCCAGAUGUAUCCUAUCAUGCUAGGUAUACUAAGGGUGCUGAUAGAGACGUAUGGAAAUGCUAAAAAUUACCUUUCAGUAACAUAAGUUUGCCUUUCAGUAGCUCUUUGUAUCUGCAGUUUUAUUAAAAUGUCACUAGUGUACGCCUUGAAACCUCAGUUAGGCAAUCUACAGUAGAGUCACUUGUCUCAGCGAGCACAAUGAGACGUGCAGAUCUGGAGAAUCAUCAGAGGAAGAGAGCUGCUUUUGCCUGGUACCUCCAGUCCUCCUCCUCACUUCAUCUUAAAGCUGGGAACCAUGAGGUUGUUCUUGUACCUGCUCUUCCUAAUGAUGAUCAAGUCCUUGAGGAGCUUUAAUGUUGACACUGGCAAGAAGUGGAUCACACCACACACAGACUCUCUGUUGUGGCCCAAGGUUCUUCAGCACUCAGAUGGGAACACAACCAUGUAAGGAACAGAAGAAAGAAAAACAUAUCCAGGCUUCCCAGGUCUUUGUGAAUGAUUGUGGUCCGAGCUCACGUAGCUUCUCAUUUCUACAACUGUUAUCACAGGUUCCUCUGCCUGGGACCCAGAACUGUUCUUUGGUUCUUAGGGGCUGAUAUUAAAGUUUCAUCAGCAUUAGGUGUCCAUUGUCAGCUUGUUAGCCUUCAUGAUGCUUCUCCCCUCACCCUCUGCUAAGUCAUAGCACUGUACAAAAAAGGCUAUCUGCUCUUUUAACCAGAUGGCAGAAGCAAGCAACUGUUUUUCUGCAGAGCUCCCUGGUAUAUCGUGUGGUUUCGGGGGCUGCAGCAGUCAUGUCUGCCCACCAGCUGCCAAAAGUUAUGUUGUGAGCUUAGUCUGAAGACCAUAAAGAGCUAGAAACUGCUAUAUUUUGACUGUGGGGUUUGUAGGGGGACAGAAAAGGAUAGCUAGGCUGGUGAAUAGAAGCCAACCACAAGUGGUUGCUAUAGAGAUAACCUAUAUUACGCUUAGCAAAGUAGUAAGGCUGUGCAGCAGAUAGCUCUGGAGUAAAGAAACCUUUCCUAUCCUGUCAGCACAAAGCGGCUGACUCACAGAGCAGUCUCCAUUUCAUAUGACAGUGCUGCCAUUUCCUAGGAUGGGGUUUGGACUUCCUUACUGCAUUCUAGCCUCCUUUUAUCUCCAACAUUUUAUGGACAAGUCACUUCCAGACCUCUCCCUUGGUCUGGGCUAGCUUUCCUGAAUUCAUUGUUCAGAUCAAAUCCUACUUGCAGUGACAGAGAAGUGGGGGAUGAGAGUAAACCCCUUCUUUAACCCAGUUCAGUCAGUGGCAAAACUCCUGUCUGCUGUGACCAGAGAUUGCUGCAGAAGAGCUGCUGGCUGUGUGGUGGAAACUUCCCCUGCCAACAGCCCAGACAGAGCCCGUUUGGGACAGCAGAGUGUGAUGAGGGAGAACCUCAUUCUUCCCUUCCUCAAGGAUCUGGAAGAGAAACUGAACAAACUCGGUGGUGUGGAUAUUGUAUGUUCCGAUUUCCGAAAAUGAAAUUUGCUAGUGGUGUCUUCUAGUGAUGUCUGGGUGUGCAACCAGCUUGGAGUACUAUCAGUUUGGAGGCUUUAGCAGAACAAAUGGGAAGGUUGAAGAUUUGUAGGAGGAAAUAAGUGUUUCUUAGUAGCUGGUUCAGCUCAAAACCACACCAGUGUCCAAUUAAUUAAGAGACAUGUUGUCAGGAUAAGGUGUGGCACCCUAGCCCACAGAUGUUUUUUCAGCACUCUUCAGUAUCAAAGGACUCUUCCUGAUUGUGCCACCUUCCCUCUUUUCCGCUUUUUUUCUCUUGUUCCACAGGAUUUUGGUUACUUCCUCAGUAGACAAGGGGUUGGGCAGGCUGAGAAGUGCACUGUUUUGCAGGACAAGAUCCAGUGCAAGGAGAUGCCUUUGCAAGGAAAAAUUAAGGCUCCAAAAACAUCCAGGAUGGUGGCAUAGCUAUUGACAGGAAUUCCGACUGGAUCCUGGCUUGCCUGCAGAAGAAGCAUCGCCGGGCCUUCACCACUACGGAGGACCUGAAUGGAGUCUGUACUCUGCUCACCGCCGACUUGCGCAGCACGGCUUUCCUCAACCUCACCAAGAUGGUUGAGACCAAAUUAAGCGGCAUUCAAAACAGAAACAGCAAAGGCAAGUUUACUGCCACCAGCAGCUCUAUGAGCACAAACAACGUCAGCAUUACUUGUGGUGAGCACUUUGGCAGUGCAUGGAGCAACCACAUGUGCAAAGAACCGGGAACAGAGAUUGCUGUCAUUCUGGGUGGAUCAGAGAACACCAAGUCAGAUGAUUUCCAAAGCACCAAGAACUCAGUCAUCAAUAUGAUGAAGUCACGUGGCAGAAAUGCUCAAAGGUCAGGUUUGCUGUGGUGUGCAGUAUGGAGAACAGACCAAACUGAACUGAGCCUGCAAGAAAGCUGCAACAGAUUAACUGCUCUCUUCAAGGUCCAAAUAUGAAACAGCAGAGUUCACAGACUGACAUUGCAGCCACACUGCAGCAUGUAUUGGAUAAAGUCUUUAAUGACAGCCAUGACUCCAGACAGACUGACAAGAUAAUCAUUGUCAUGGUAUCUGGACAAGUGUUUUUAGAAAACCAUCAAUUGAGAAAUGUGAUGAACUCUCUCAAAAUGGCUAAGGUCAAACUCUGUGCUCCUAAGAUUGGAGAGUUCAUUAGCAACCACUGGUCCCAGAAGAGCUGCAGAAGGAUAGAAGUGACUGGUUCAUGUCGUCUGCCAUAUGAAGAUUUUGACAGUUUCCUUUCAGAGCUGCAGAGAGACACUCUGAUUGAGUCCGCUGAAAAUAUUCCAACUGAGACACCAGGACACAGAAACAUUAAUGACAAUGGUGGCAGCACGCUCCCUUCCUGGAUGGAGAGCGACAAAGAGGAGGAGGAGGAAAAUGGCUUGCGCUCUGGGACAGAGAUUGCUUUUAUUUUGGAUGGAUCAGGGAGCAUUGAACCAGACGAUUUUGAAAGAGCAAAAGCAUUUAUCCACAAGAUGAUGAAAACACUGUAUGAGAAGUGCUUUGAGUGUGAUUUUGCAGUGGUGCAGUAUGGCUUUGAAAUCAAAACUGAGUUUGACCUGCGAGAAAACUGGAAUCCAAAUGCCACCCUCCAGAAAGUACUUGAUAUUGUGCAGGUGUGCAAUGUGACAAAAACAGCAUCUGCCAUGCAACAUGCCCUGGAUUCUAUCUUCAUUGAAAGUCACGGAUCCCGGAAGGAUGCAGCCAAGAUCAUGAUUGUGCUUACAGAUGGGGAAAUACUCCUGGAUGAAAUGAACUUGACAACAGUGAUAAAUUCGCCCAAAAUGGCAGGAGUUGAGCGCUAUGCUAUUGGGGUGGGGGAUGCCUUCAAAAAACCAAAGGCCCUGAAUGAGUUGCGGCUAAUUGCAUCUGGUCCAGAUGACACUAAUGUAUUUCAGGUGACCAAUUAUUCAGCAUUAGAUGGGCUGCUUUCAACCCUGCAGCAGAGUAUUAUUGGGAUAGAAGGUACUCAAGGUGAUGCUCUGGAAUAUGAACUGGCACAAUCUGGUUUCAGUGUGCAGAUUUUGGAUAAGCGAGUCUUAAUGUUUGGUGCUGUGGGUGCCUUUGACUGGUCUGGUGGAAUUCUGCUGUAUGAUCUGGCAACCAAGACAGCUGUUUUCUUGAAUGAAUCAAAAGAAGAAGCCAAAAAAGCAAAGUACAGUUACCUAGGAUACAGCGUGGCAGUGGUGCGCACAGGCUACGGACCUUUGUAUGUGGCUGGAGCUCCGCGGCACAGCAUGACAGGGAAGGUAUUGGUGUUUCAGGAUGGCCACUUGAAACAAACCCUGCAAGGAGAACAGGUCGGAUCUUAUUUUGGCUCUGAGCUCUGCCCACUUGAUGUGAACCGUGAUGGGGAGACAGAUCUUCUCCUUGUUGGAGCUCCAUUUUAUCACAUCCAAGGGGAAGAAGGAAGGGUUUACGUCUAUCGCCUGGAGACAGAGACUGGUUCAUUCACCUUGGAAGGACAUUUAAAUGUGCAGGUGACCACUCAGUUUGCAAGAUUUGGGUUUACUGUGGCCAGCAUUGGAGACAUCAACGGGGAUGGAUAUGAGGAUAUUGCAGUUGGAGCCCCCCUUGAAGAUCAUCUUUCAAACAGUUCCUCUUUUGGCAGCAUUUACAUCUUUAAUGGUGAAAAGGACAAGAUCAAGAGCUCUUUUUCUCAAAGAGUAAAAGCCUCUGAAAUAUCAGCAGGACUCCAGUAUUUUGGACAAUCCAUUGAUGGUGGCUUUGAUUUCACUAAUGAUGGUCUCCAAGAUAUUGCAGUAGGAUCACUGGAGAAUGUAGUUGUACUCCGCUCGAGACCAGUUGUUCACUUUCUCACCAGUAUGAGGUUCAACCCUGAGAGAAUAUUAAUUUUCCAGAACAGCAGCAUUGUUACAGCAAAACUGUGUUUCAAUAUAAUCUCAGCUUUACCAGUGUCUCAACAAGUGUUUUCACAGUUAUACAUUCUCUACACGGUGGACUUAGAUGUGAAAAUGGCAAAGAAGAGAUUACAGUUUAAGGAUCAGAACACCACAACAAGUGGAAAGCUCUUAGUCAGAGAGCACACAUCAUGCUCUGAGCUGCAGCUUUUCACGCUGCCAUGUGACUUUGACUGUUUUUCCAAUGUUUAUCUGAGAGUUAAAUAUGAGCUCUGUGAGAAAAACGAUAGUACGGAGUUUGCUGUUCCUGUGCUUGAUAAAUAUCAGCCAUCAGAAAUGCAUUUUCAGUUGCCUUACAAGAAGGACUGCAACAAGACCAUCUGUACUGCUCAUUUAACUUUGACAAGUCAGAUCCAAAGAGAAUUAGUGGUGGGCUACACUAAAGAAGUGUCCAUGAAUUUUUUACUAAAUAACAGUGGAGAUGACUCAUACAUGACAACUAUGGUCUUGAACUAUCCUAAAAAUCUCCAUUUUAAGAAGGUGACAGCCGAGCCAUCCUCUCCUGCUAUUCACUGUGGCCAGCCAAUACCCUUCACUUCUGUGGAGUUAUCCUUGAACUGCAGAAUUGGGCAUCCAGUGUUCAAGAAGACAACUGCCAACUUCUCUGUGAUUUGGCAAUUAGAUGAAAGUGUAUUCCCAAAUAAGUCUGCAAUCACUGUUAAUAUCACCAACAUAAAUGAAAAUAGCACCAUUCUGACUGAAAAACAUGUCCUUGAUGUCAGAUAUGCGUUCACUGCAGUUCUUACCAAGCCAGUUUCUUUAAUGUACAUGAACGUUCGCCAAGGACUACUUGAAAACAAAGAAUUUAAAUUUAAUAUAAAUGGAGAAAACCCCUUUAAUGCUACCAUCAAGUUACAGAUUUGGGUUCCUGUCAGUGUACAAGGUCAGAACAUAGCAACUGUCAAAAAUGCAUCAGGAACACAGGGUACAACAGAGUGCAGAGUCAGCGAUGAACUGGUGCCUCAUCUAAGGGACUAUUCCAACAGCGCAGAACUAGAGGUCAUACAGGACGUGGAGUAUCAGUGCGUGUAUUGUUCCAUCCAAGCAGAUAAUGAAAACAUCACCGUGGCAGCUGAAUUGUCCUUAAUUAACGCAGACCAGUUCUUGAAAAGAAGAAUUGACCUCCUGAUCCCUGGAAAAAUCACCUUCAACAGGCAACUAUAUCAGGGGCUGAAAGAAGAGGAACAUAAUGCUGAGAUAACUCUUAUCUUCCUGAAAGAGGAAGUGUUUGAUCCUGUACCUACUGUCAUAGGAAGCUCUAUUGGUGGACUUCUCUUGCUGUUGUUCAUUAUUCUGCUCCUCUGGAAGCUUGGCUUUUUCAAAAGAAAAUAUAAGAUCAUGAUGGAGCAAGAAGAUACUUCCUGAAGACUAAGCUGGCCAAAGCAGAACCCUCUGCAUUCUGUCACCGUCUUUUUGGAAAUACCAGAGUCAAAGUCUGGCUAAGAUGCAAAAUGAUUCUUGUUCCCUGAGCUGGGAUAGAUCUAUAGGACUCCAGACUUUGGGACUCCUCCAAGUUCCUGUUCUGACCAUAGGGGCCCUGCGCUUUUGGGCAAUCUAGUUGUGUGCUUGUUUCAUUUGAGCUCACCACUCAUCAUAGAAGGGCUGUCUGGCAUUGAUAAACUAGACUCCCCAUGACAUAUUUUGCUUUAAUGUAGAAAUGCUAGGAAAAAAUCAGCUUGGAGCCUGUUAUAUUGGAUUAUAGUCUUAAUUGUGAUGCCGAGUGGUUCUUAAAAUGAUUUUAAUACUGAGUAGCUUCAGAAUAGAUUAAAAUAGAAAUAGAUUAGUGGAAGCUUCCUAUUCUGCUAUUGCUAAUGAAAAUGUAGAGACAAGCAUUUUGCAUAUAAGUGUAUAUACUUAUAUAUGAGAAUAUAUAUAUAAAUUUGUCUAUUUUAAUACAGUAGAAUAUGUUCCUUGAUAUCUCUGGUUCUUGGAAUGAUAAGUAUAUAUGUGGUGAUUUGGGUAUUGUACUUUACAGGGUCAUUUCUGGUUUUGCAUUUUCAGUUGCUUUCAGAUCCUGAUAUGGUCACAAAUAAAAAUUUGCAUUAUGGGCCUAAU